AACCCAUACGUGAAACCGCCUUAUUCGUAUGCCACCCUGAUUGGUAUGGCUAUGAAAGAGACACAGAAACAGAAAAUCACACUGUCAGCUAUUUAUAACUGGAUUACGGAUAACUUCAUGUAUUAUCGUAUGGCUGAUCCCAGUUGGCAGAACUCCAUACGCCAUAAUUUGUCUCUUAACAAGUGUUUCGAGAAAGUUCCGAGACGCAAAGACGAACCUGGUAAAGGUGGUUUCUGGAGAAUAAACCCGGAAUUCAGUGACAUGCUUGAAAAUGGCAUUUUUAAGAAACGUCGU